AUGUGUAUACAUCAAUUGAAUCUUCCAGGCGUAACAACAGUCCAUCAUCAUCACUGUGAUAAGCGAGAGCGCGCGUGCAUGCGGCGGUCAAACGAAAAAAAACUCAGAAAAGAGGGAUCCGCCUACCUCUCUGCCCAGCUGCGACGUCUGCGCGACCCUGAGCGCCUCCCUCACACACACACACAGACACGCACACACACACACACACACACACACACACACACACACACACACACGCACAAACACACACACACACACACACACACACGCACAGACACACACGCAACCUCCCAUCCCCUGACCCCUCCCUCUUUUGAAGAUAUGGAGAGUGACGCAUUUCACACGCUCUCCUUCGCUUCGUCGCCGCCACCGCAGUUGCCUCAGGCUUUAGGGAAUACCGAUAGUACGAUCAGCGGACAGGAGAACGUUGCUAACGUCUCUGCCGCCGACCCAGGCGAUCGUCCAACCGCCGCCCCGACCUGGCUUCGGCGGCAAGAGCUCAAACGCUCCACGCUCCCACCGCCUCUUAACAGUGUCGCUCUCCCGAGUCAGAACGCAAACGUGCAGACCACUGCUACCCGCGUAACGUCAGCAUCCUUCGAUCCAGAAGUGCACAGUAAUGUCGCACCCCCUGCCCUCCCACGGCUAGCGGCGCUUUCGGCUCCUGUUGCGCUGCCCGAGCCAGGUGGAGAUGCAGCUGCCGCAGGAAUGUCGCACCAGCAUCCUUCCGCAGCUUUACAAACACCGUUCAAGUCAAGAUAUCCAGAGGUCACACACACACCACCUCUUCUGGGCGCGCACAGCGGCUGCGACGGUGGCGACACCUCCCUCCUACAACAACCCCCCUCGGAAGACGGCGGUCACUAUGAUCCACCGCCGCCCACGGCCGGCGCACGUGUGCUGCCGUGGUGGAAGCGCAUCCUCGUCGACGCUGCGUACCGUCAACGGCUCAUGCAGCUCAGCACUGAGGGCUAUCAUGAAGAGCUUCGGCUGCUGCGCGACACGCCAGAGCUGCUGUCCUCUGGUGCGCAGAUGGAGGUACGGAAGGUAUGGCGGGAGCGGCGCUGGAUGGACGACGAGCUAGAGAAGGCGGAGCGGCGCCCAUCCAAGAGCGAUGUGGUGUGUCAACACGAAGUGCACGGCGUGGCCAGCGGGAUCGCAACCCUCUCCUCGUCCUUUACACCGUACCACGUCAGCACGACAGAAAGCGGCGCUCAGCAACGGCACGUAGCGGCGCCGAUGAUGGAUGAAGUGGACGAGGUUGUUGUAAUGGCGCAGCAUGUCGUCUUCUCUGUCAAAGAUGACGAAAUGGCGUUGCGCUUCUCCACAAAGCACCCCCGCUCCAUCAUCGACGCCUCUGCUGUAGAGACCGUACAGCGUGUGGCACUCGGUGCUAUGCCUCCCGCUCAGCACGCGCGAGAGCAGUGGCUGCAGGAGCACGCAGUCAGGCAACACCUUACCUCCCUCCGCCGCUUUUCUGGCAAUACCUCGUAUGAGCUCAAGGCGCGACUUGCACGCGACGUCAUAGCUGGUCGCGUCGACGUGCCCAUGCAGACUGCCAUCACAGAUGCCGUGCUGAACGAGCAGCAGGGCUCUCUCCCCAGCGCUGGUGGCAGCGCGACCACCCGUCGGCACGCUUUGCAGGAUGUGUACGUCUUUCCUCCUCCGCAGCACAGCAACAGCAACGCCGCUGUGCGCCAGAGACGAUGGUGCGAGGGCGAACUGCUCGCGUCAACGACUCCGCUCAUAUGGCAGCUGCCGCUGCGCAAGCCGCGGAUGCCAACCACGCCGCUAUGGCAGCGCUCCCGGCUUCCUCCGGGUAUGUGGGCCGUCGAGGCGGCGUGCAAGGAUGUGACACGUACAGAGGCGUCGCUGCACGCCUCCGCCGUCCGCGACCCGCUCGUCGUGGCAAAGCGGCCGGCAGCCAUAAAAGACAGCGCAGAAGCGCUAAUACAUCAUGAAGGUACACCCAACUGUAGGGAAACAGUGGCGACCAGAGCUGCUGCAGUCACCGGCGCCGAGCCGCGCCACGACAACACUCGCGUGCGCCGUCAGGAAGCCGCCGCAGCGUGUGUGGAUGGCACGGAGAACCUGUACGGGCUCCAGUACGUCUGGCCGUCGCCUCUGCCGCCCGGGGGGUUCAUUCGCGUCUCCCCUGAUCCGCGCUUUGCCAUGUGGCCCGACUCGGAGGACGAGACUGGAGACGGGGGCCUCCUUGGCACGAUGGAAAAGUAUGGAGACUCGCAAGCGCGUGGGUUGCACGCAGGCGAUGGUGGUCGUAUCAAUGGAGAUGUGGGCUACAGCAUCGCCAGACUCUCCAGAGGCGCCUCUCAGCACCAGGGCCGCCAAGCGCAGAUGCGCCGCCUCGCACGCCGGGUGAAUCACCGAACACGCAAACUGUGCUGGCUGCACAGCAUUGGUCGCGUUAGUGUGCGCUACAGCGACUUGACCCUCUCCGACUCGGACGGCUCCUCGUCAGGGUGCACGUCGCCGACAGCAUCGGUGCUGCGCGACACUCGUCUUGCAGCGGAGGCCAAGAAAGCGAAUAGGAAGGCGCCGCAUCUGCCGAUGCUCCCUGGCGACGGCAACGCCUGUCGACACCAGUGGCGGCGGCAAGAACGCGUUGGAGACCCCUCACGAAGGGCGAGACCCGUGUACGACGGUGCGCUGAACAUCAACAUCUACGCCAAGGUCAUACAGAGCCAGGGCAAUGACGUUGCCACCGACAAGGGCAGCAGCACUGGCGCGUCACCUUUACGAAGGGCGUCGCAACACCAACACCAGCAGGCGAAAAAUGCAGCGACAACGGCGCACCGCUUUCUCGGGUGCUACCGGCAGAGUCGCUUGCUCAUCCACUUCAAGCUGUACUGUCGGGCGCUGUACGAAGAGCGACGGCUGCGCUGCGGUGGCCCCGGCACCCAUGUAAUCGGCCGCGCUGGCGGAAACGCGCCGGAGUACACACCAGCAACGGAGGGGCUGCUCGCCGGCGUGCCGGUCAUCCCGCACCCGGUGCUGAAGCUGCAGGAGCACGCGCCAUCACUGCGUAAGCCCUACGCCCAUCGCGUCCCCGUCGCGUCCACUAUGAGUGGCUGCCGCUGCUGGGAGGGCCUGUAUCCGCCUCUAGGCACCGAUCUGGCCGCGCCAGCUCAGCAAGCGUGGCGGCAGCUGCGGCAGUCCAUCCUGGUGCGUCAGGCCCUUCGUGACGUCUACGACGAACUUCCGCACGACAAGGAAGGUCUCUUGGACAAGCGGACCUUCGUGCUGUUCGUCCUGCAGCUGCUUGAGCUCUUCUUCCCCACCCGCCUCCCCGUGGUGGCCCACAUCGCAAUCGCGGAGGAGGAAUGGACGUACCGCGGCACGACGGAGCACGUUGGACCGCAAACGUUUCACGAGAAGUUCUUCGCCUUUCCGCUCAUCUUCUACCGCGACGCAGCCACAUUGACAGAGGCGCCGCUCGUCGAGUUCUGGACUCUCAUUCGCGUCUGCUUUGAUGCGCAAAAGAGAAUGCAGAAGUCGGCGGCGCCAACAGGAAAGAGCGGCGAUGCGCUGCAACCUUCCAGCCUCUCCCUGCUGAUGCCGCUGACGCACUUCACGACGGAGCAGCUGGACACACUGCUCUCGUGCCCGCCGCCCGCGUUCGACGCGGACGUAUACGAUCGAUACUGCUUGCUCCGCCAGGCCUUUCGUGAUGAUCUGAAAGUGCGUGCGGCCCCGCGUGGCCACCAGUACGGUGUAGCCCGCGCCUUGGUGGAGAAGCGGCAGCAGAAGAAGUCCCUACGCCAUGGACACUGGACGCCACAGCAACGGAAAUCCACAGAGAAGCCCAUAGGGUCCCUGAAGGUCUAUCGGGCGCAUCUCGGCCUGGCAGACGCGACGCGACGCAUCGAGAUUGAGGCGGCCGCGCAGCAAGAGCGGGACUCACGUCAGCGCCGCCUGGAGGAACAGGAGCACGAAGCAUUACUCGAACAGUCGCUCUACUACCACGCACGUAUCAGCCGUGUUCAGUCACGCACCGCAACCGCAAUUUCAGGCAUUGAGAACGUCUGCAGCGCAUGGGAACUCCACCGCACCGAUGUAUACCCCGCGCCUAGGGAAGAUGAGAACGACGACGCACGGCCGCGGGAGGAAGAAGACGUGGAAGAGCUUCUGCUGAAGUACCUCGACGACGUGCCGCUUGACGCCUUCGACGGACAGGUGUCGCUGCGCGAGCGCUACCACCUUCACGUCCGCUUCCAGCAAGAGCGGCGCAAUCACCUCUUUCCCUCGUCGCAGCCCCGUCCAGAGCCCUCCCCCUCCGUCACCCUAGCGGACGGCGGCCGCAGCGCUGCCCUACCGUCAGCAAACCCAAUAGUGCAAACCACCUCGCUUCGCCGACGUGUGAAGGCGGAGAGCAAGGCCCAGCGACGCACUCCUGGAUCUGCAGAGGCGAGAUUCCUGCUUGAUGGCACACGCGAUGUGAACGGCGGAGGCGGCGGCGACUCCACGCCUCCCACUGUGUCCUACGCCGCAGGCACCUACCCGCCGCGGACGGUGCCGCGAAUGAUGAGCCCGUCGCGUGUGCGGCCAAUGAAAGGUGCCCCGGGCACGAGCAGCGCGGCACGCAUACCGAAAAGGCGCGCAGCGCACCUUUCGGUUUCACGUGUCGAUGGCAACGGCAAAAUCGGCUCAUCCUCCCCAUUUGCGUCCUUCUAUGCCACCGCCGCCUCACAUUGGCCGCACACGCGCAGCCCAACGGCAGGCGGCAUUCAGCGCGAAGGUCUCGCCGCGAGCCACCGCGAGGGUGGCGUGAGCGGCCUGUGUCCUGGAAAAGACGAUGACGAUUUGCUGGCGGCUACGGCAAGCGGUCCAAGUCACACCAGCGGGUGCAAUACGUCCUUCGACUGCAAAGGUGCGGCGGCGCCGCCACGCCUGCUUGCACGCCCAACCACGCAAACCGGGUGGGGCACACCGUGUCUCCCUGUAUCGCCGCUUCUGGCUCCACACGACGGCGACGCGCCCAUCUCCUGCGGCGGGAGCGGGGCAGCGAGUAUGCAUGUAAACGCCCGACGCGACGCAUCGCCACUACUGCAGCAUUCGCCACCACUCAUGCCUGCCACGGCCACAUCAACCACAGAGCCCGCGACAACGGAAUUGACAUCGAUCAUGUUUCGGGGCCUAGGCGUAGAGGCUAUGCACGCAGCGCCUCGAUCUGUUUCCUGGAUCUCGCAGUGGGGCUCGACAAUGACGCAGGAUGUCGGUGCUCGCCCACUGCGCGCACCGGCAUUGUCCACCGCGCCUGUAUCGGCACCUUCGGCGUCCCUGCGCUAUGCUCAGCGUCUGCGCGUACAGCGGCGUCUCCAGCAGCAGUUCAAGCAGCAGCUCAACCGCACCGCAAAGGCUGCAGCAGGAGUGGCUGGUAACCAUUAA